AUGUCCAUCAUGGCCAAACAAACCAAUAGCAACCGAAGGCAGCAGGGUGCGGGGAAAGGCUUGAGCGACGAGGAUGCCAUGGGCAUGCAACGGAGCGAAGGGGGCGCCGGGGCUCAGGGACGGCAUGGACGGGCAGAAGCGCUCAGGAUCGAGCUCCUCUCAAUCCAGAGCAUGGCUGCGGGCGCGAGACGGAGGUGGAGGCCCGACGAGAUCGGCAGCUUAGGCCUCCAUGGUGGCAGCGAAAGUCCUCUGAUGGACUUGGGCGACGGUGCGGUCGGGAGCCGUAGAGGAAGGGGAGUGGCCCUGGCCACGAGGUGCAGCGGCGGGAGCUUCGAGCUCGGCUGGCUGCGGCCAUGGAGGACGGGGCGCUAA